ACGCCGGCGCUGAAUGGAAUCAUUAGCCCCCCUAAGCGCAUCAUGGUGCGAUUGCGAUUGACACCUUCGCGACUCCUGCUGGCCUUCCUCAUCUGCCUCCUGUUCUUCCUGUCCCCCAAGCUCCUCCAUCGCCGCCGUCGAUUCGAUAACAUCGACGCCAGCAUUGCCUCGGUCCAGCCAGCAGCAUCCUACGGCACCGAGUGCUCUCCUUUCAGCAGUGAUGGCCUCAAUGAUGUCGCCAUCGUGCUCAAGAUGACCACCGCCCAAGUCACUGCCCAGCUUCCCUCGUACCUGAGUCGCAUCGGCCGCUGUCUAACCAGCGAACACCUCCUGCUCUUCUCCGACCGCACCCAAGAGUACAAUGACCUCCCCAUUCACGAUGCCCUCAAAUACCUCCGCCCCGAGUACAAGUACCAAAACCCCGACUUUGAUCUCUAUGACCAGAUUCAGCGCGGCGAAACUGUCGACGCAACUCCUCUCGAUAAAUACAAGCAGAUUUUGAUCAUGGAGCAGACAUGGAAACAUCGUCCGCAGAAAGACUGGUUCGUCUUUCUUGAGCUUGACACCUAUGUCAAUUGGGACAAUCUACACCGUUUUCUCUCCCGCUUCGAUCCGAGCGUUCCGUACUAUUUCGGCUCGCCGGUAUUGCCGCGCAAGAAACCUUUUGCCGCUCAGGCCACCUCAGGCAUCAUCCUGUCCCGGGCAGCGCUGAAUAAGCUCAUGUCCAAGGGGCGUAUGUUUGCUGAAAAUCAUCACGCAGUAGGUACCCAUCUGUUCGGGCUGGAUUUGACACAGGAAACUCGUGGCGACCUCGUCCUUGCCAAGGUUCUCAAGCAAAGUGGUGUCUCCCUUCGUGGCUAUGAUCCCGCCUUCACCAACGAUUCCCCAUCUACAAUCCGCUUCGGCUCCUCACAAUGGUGCGAAGUGGUCAUAACCCUACAUUCCAACGACUCAGAACUCGCCCGCUGGGAAACUACCCGCCAAACUCCCGCCACCCCCCUCACUUUCGCCGAACUCUUCACGCACAUUGAGCCAUCCCUCCAACCGCGCAUCGAUGAUUGGACAAACCUUUCCGAGAAGGUCAUCGGUCCUGCGACGACCGUCGAUGCAUGUCGCGCGGCGUGCGCUAGAGAUAAAAAAUGUAUACAGUUCGAAUAUGUGGGAGAGUCGUGUCGGAUAUCGCACGGCGUGCGCCUGGGUUACGCACAUCCGCCAACGCCAGAGGACGAUCGGAAGACGACAGCUGGGUGGAUGGUGGAGCGAAUCCCUGCGUUUAAGCAACUACAAUCCCGCCGGUGCAAAGGCGCGCAUCUUGUUCGUGCGGAUCCUUGA